AUGGCCAAUGCCCCAUCCAGACUGCGAACCUCAACAACAACAGCAACCAUACCGUCGCACCAUCAGCGAAUAAAAACUCCAUCAGGAACUCCAACGGCAUCGGGAACACCUACAGCAAACGCAACACCAGCAAUCAAUACUUCGGAACAGGACCUCGCAGCCCACUCAAACCAAAUAAUCUCAUACAAUGGUCGGAUCAAGACAACUCAAGAUGCCCUUUUGCUCCUUGAGGCUUGCAGACAAGCCAUAAUUCCCGUCAUACAUCGCAGGCUCACCAACUUUGAGCGACUAAAGUUUAUCAAACCAAACACCAUCUUUAUCUGGAAUGAAAGUCAAUGUGGAAUGAAGAGAUGGACAGAUGGAAAACUUUGGUCACCGUCAAAAGUGCAUAACGGAAAUUUCCUCAUCUACAAGGAGUUGAAUAAGUUUAAUCAGAACUUGGAAGUCAAUGGAUUGAUCAAACAAAGCUUCUCCUUGACCACUAAAGAUGACCAAAAAUACCACAUCAUCUCGUACUAUCUAAACCCAUCAGCCACCGAUAACAACAACAACAACAAUAAUAAUAGCAAUAGUAAUAGCAACAGCAAUGGCGUGUUUGGCGAGUUGGAAGAUAUAGACUCAGAUAUCAAAACCCCGUCAAAAGAUCCACAGUUUGCUCACUUGAAACUCUCAAUUGAUUACUAUCCAGGAACAAUGUUGCAGAGUGUUUAUAAUCUGAACUUUAUACGAGAACCAGGUAUUGCCAGCAAUAACAAUUACCAAAAAACGCAGCACUACCAACAACAAGCACAGCGGUUUCAACAUCUAAGAGGUCGUCUGAUGCUGCCUGGUAUUGUAAAUCCAACCCCACAAAUAGCUAGCAACCAACAUAGUCAGCUGCUACACCUGUUGAUGAACCCACAUGAACAAAAGAAUUUACAUUCACACGUGCAACUGGUUCCACCACAACUACCGCAGCCAUUUUCACCACCACCACCACCACCACCAUUACAACAACAACAACAACAAUCACAGCAACAUUUGCAAGCACUACUGCAUCUGCUUCCAUCGCAAGGAUUAAACACCUCGGGUUCUCCACCUCCACCAUCGAUUCAAUUUCAAACUGGACAAUCUCACUACACACAGCUAAAUAAUCAUCCAGCAUCGAUAACAGCAGCACAACCAGCAGCACAGCCACCAACGUCUACAGCUUCACAGCCCCACGCUCUACCUGUACCAGCAACCACUGUUGUUGCUAAUCUGCCUAUGCCACAAACUGCAACCACUUCCGGAACAUCAUCGCGAAUGCACGAACGACCUGCAUCGCCAAUUACAACAUCUUUAAUCCAUAAAAACGAAGAAAACUUGCAGCAGCCACAACAAAGGAUAGAGUAUAGAAACAAUAUUAAUUUACCACUUCCAACACAUUUACCAAAAUCUAUCUCCAAAUUGCACAGCACUUCAGUCGAAGAUUGUGAUUUAAGAGUAGUCGAUGUUUUAAAUAAACGGUGGAUGAAAUAG